AUGGCACUCGGAGAUUUGUGCAUUGUGUCUGGUUUCCUACGGGCAGGCUGACCCAGUGCCUCCAGGGACUUAUCAAUAGACCACUCAGAAGAGACACAGACAGGAGAGAGGAGGAGGGGUGGGGGGAGAGAGAGAGAAUCAAUAUCAAGAAUAGAAGGAGCUCCGAAGCCAUUUUUUUUUUAAAGAAGUAUCGGGACUUGGGAGAGGGUGACAAAGAAGGUUUUUCAAAGAGGCAGUGGAGGAGGUUCUAAUAAAUUUGGAAGGAAACAGUUCCCUGUCUUGGGAAAAGGAGAACUCCUGACUGAUUAGCAUUCACACCAGAUGCAGCCGCUCGCUGUCCCCUGCCCCAAUGAACAUCUGCACUAGGCGCCAGCCUUGGAGUGGCUUACCUGAAGAGUGACACCAUUUAUCUGAAAACUACUAUGAGGAAACUGAAGCCCAGAGAGGUGAAGUAAGGUGCCCAAAGCCACACAGCAAGUUGCAGGCACAGCUAGUACCGUAGCUCAAGUCUCCUGACUCCCAGUCCAGUGCUCUUCCCAUUACUCCACGGUCCCGUCUCUAAGCUUCCUGACAAAUGCUAGAAUGGAAGAAACCCAAGACAGCUGAAAACCAGAAGGCAUCUGAGGAGAAUGAGAUUACUCAGCCGGGUGGAUCCAGCGCCAAGCCGGGCCUUCCCUGCCUGAACUUUGAAGCUGUUUUGUCUCCAGACCCAGCCCUCAUCCACUCAACACAUUCACUGACAAACUCUCACGCUCACACCGGGUCGUCUGAUUGUGACAUCAGUUGCAAGGGGAUGACCGAGCGCAUUCACAGCAUCAACCUUCACAACUUCAGCAAUUCCGUGCUCGAGACCCUCAACGAGCAGCGCAACCGUGGCCACUUCUGUGACGUGACGGUUCGCAUCCACGGGAGCAUGCUGCGCGCACACCGCUGCGUGCUGGCAGCCGGCAGCCCCUUCUUCCAAGACAAGCUGCUGCUGGGCUACAGCGACAUCGAAAUCCCAUCGGUGGUGUCAGUACAGUCGGUGCAAAAGCUCAUUGACUUCAUGUACAGCGGUGUGCUGCGAGUCUCACAGUCGGAAGCUCUGCAGAUCCUCACGGCCGCCAGCAUCCUGCAGAUCAAAACAGUCAUAGAUGAGUGCACACGCAUCGUGUCACAAAACGUGGGCGAUGUGUUCCCGGGCAUUCAGGAUUCUGGACAGGACACACCAAGAGGCACACCAGAGUCAGGCACAUCUGGCCAGAGCAGUGACACGGAAUCAGGCUACCUGCAGAGCCAUCCACAACACAGUGUGGACCGCAUCUACUCGGCACUGUACGCUUGUUCCAUGCAGAAUGGCAGCGGCGAGCGCUCCUUCUACAGCGGUGCAGUGGUCAGCCACCAUGAAACUGCACUCGGCCUGCCCCGUGACCAUCACAUGGAAGACCCCAGCUGGAUCACACGCAUCCAUGAGCGCUCCCAGCAAAUGGAGCGCUACCUGUCCACCACCCCUGAGACCACGCACUGCCGCAAGCAGCCCCGGCCUGUGCGCAUCCAGACCCUGGUGGGCAACAUCCACAUCAAGCAGGAAAUGGAGGAUGACUAUGACUACUAUGGGCAGCAAAGGGUGCAGAUCCUAGAACGCAAUGAAUCCGAGGAGUGCACGGAAGACACUGACCAGGCCGAGGGCACAGAGAGUGAGCCCAAAGGUGAAAGCUUUGAUUCCGGGGUCAGCUCCUCUAUUGGCACCGAACCUGACUCAGUGGAACAACAGUUUGGGGCAGGAGCCACAAGGGAGGGUCAGGCAGAACCCACCCAACCUGAGCAGGCAGCAGAAGCCCCAACUGAGGGCGGUGCCCAGCCAAACCAGCUAGAAACAGGUGCCUCCUCUCCAGAGAGAAGCAACGAGGUGGAGAUGGACAACACAGUGAUCACUGUCAGUAACAGCUCUGAUAAGGGCGUUCUCCAACAGCCUUCAGUCAACACAUCCAUUGGGCAGCCAUUGCCAAGUACCCAGCUCUAUUUACGCCAGACAGAAACGCUCACCAGCAACCUGAGGAUGCCUCUGACCUUGACCAGCAACACACAGGUUAUUGGCACAGCUGGCAACACCUACCUGCCAGCCCUCUUCACUACCCAGCCCGCGGGCAGUGGCCCCAAGCCUUUUCUCUUCAGCCUGCCACAGCCCCUGACAGGCCAGCAGACCCAGUUUGUGACAGUGUCCCAGCCUGGCCUGUCCACCUUUACUGCACAGCUGCCAGCGCCACAGCCCCUGGCAUCAUCUGCAGGCCACAGCACAGCCAGUGGGCAAGGCGAAAAAAAGCCUUAUGAGUGUACUCUCUGCAACAAGACUUUCACAGCCAAACAGAACUAUGUCAAGCACAUGUUCGUCCAUACAGGUGAGAAGCCCCACCAAUGCAGCAUCUGUUGGCGCUCCUUCUCCUUGAAGGAUUACCUUAUCAAGCACAUGGUGACACACACAGGAGUGAGAGCAUACCAGUGUAGCAUCUGCAACAAGCGCUUCACCCAGAAGAGUUCCCUCAAUGUGCACAUGCGCCUGCACCGCGGAGAGAAAUCCUAUGAGUGCUACAUCUGCAAAAAGAAGUUCUCUCACAAGACCCUGCUGGAGCGACAUGUGGCCCUGCACAGUGCCAGCAACGGGACCCCUCCCGCAGGCACACCCGCAGGUGCCCGUGCAGGCCCGCCAGGCGUGGUGGCCUGCACCGAGGGGACCACUUACGUCUGCUCCGUCUGCCCGGCAAAGUUUGACCAAAUCGAGCAGUUCAACGACCACAUGAGGAUGCAUGUGUCUGACGGAUAAGUAGUACCUUUCUCUCUUUCUUAUGAACCAAACAAAACAGCAACAAAAGAAUAAACAAACAAACAAACAAAAAGCUAUGGCACUAGAAUUUAAGAAAUGUUUUGGUUUCACUUUUACUUUCUGUUUUUGUUUUUUGUUCCGUUUCAUUUUGUACUACAUGAAGAACUGUAUUUUGCCUGCUGGUACAUUACAUUUCCGGAGGCUAGGGUGAAUAAUAGUUCUCCCAGUCUCCCUUGGAUGGUGGCCUUAAGGCCUGGUAGUGCUUCAAGAGGUCCACUGGUUGGAUCUCUAGCUACUGGCCUCUAAAUACAACCCUUCUUUACAAAAAAAAAAAACAAAACAAAACAAAACAAAAAAACAAAACAAAACAAAAAAAAAGCAAAAAAAAAAAAAAACCACACACACAAAAAACAAAACAAACAAAAAAAUCUUUUAAAAAAGUUAAAAAAGUUUUAAAAAAAGAAAAAGUUGUUUUCCACUCGUGAAGAGCACUACAGAAUCUAUAAGGAGAUGUAAAAGGCCUGCUGUCUUUAAGUACACCGCUCACAGUGUUUCAGUGGACAUUUCACAAUUCUGGCCACUUGGACUUCACAGUAACCAGUUAAAACUGUGGAAUAUCACUUCUGGUUGAAAACCGAGAGGAAAGGCCCUGCUGUUUCCACCUACCACGUUAUUAAAGGGCUGUGGGAUGGAAGGGGGCAGUGAGCCCAGUGGUGUAGGGAGAAAGUGGCGUGGCAGGCUUCUCCCCCAAUUCUGCCCGGUCCACACACCCUGGCCCAACUCCUCCACCCCCCCCCCACCCUUUCAGCAGAAGCCAGAAGACUUGGACAAGCAACAGUGGCUAUCGUAUUUAUUCAGUGUCUUCGCUGAGCUGCAGUCUCGGCGCAAUCAGGAGGGACUCAUGAAAGGCAGGAAUGCAGAGAAAAUGAUAACAGAUUUCACACCUAUGUUUCUAGGUACAAGAGAAGGAUUAUUUCCAACAACCUUUGCAAAAAAAAGUGUCAGGAUAUAUUCUUGUGAAGGAGAAAAAGAAAGAGAAAUGGAGGGUGGGGGGGAACGAUAAAAGUUCUUGAGGCUUUUUUAAUUGAAAAUUUUAUAGAGGGGCAAAAGUGAUGUUUACCAGAUAGAAUGCUGAUUUUUAAAAUAUAUUUACAACAGUAUUUGUGUAAAAAAAAAAACAAAAAAGUAAGAUUGUCAAAUUUUUUUUUCUCAUUUUGGGUUUGUAUACACACUGCCACCAGUCCCUUCUCAUUUACUUUGUCUUUCUCUCUCUCACACACACACACAUGCGUGCGCACACACACAUACACACACACACACACACACACACACAUAUAUAUAUAUUUUGUUAAGUCAAGACUGUUAAGGUUAGCGAUACUGCUUCCAGAUAGAAAGAAUAAAAGGCAACUAAAGUUAUAUUUGAAAGAGAGGAAGGAUAUUUUCUUCAUAUUUUUUCUUAGUUUUUAUUAUUUUAAGUAUUGCCUGGGUUGCUGAGGGCCGCAGAGGCCCACCCACCCCUGCUGUAAUUUCAACUGCUGCUCUGUUUUGCUGUGUAUAUCUUUGACUUCUAGCAAGCUUAAGUUGCUCCACUGAAGAUGUUUUCAUCAAUCCAUCUAGAAUUCUGUCCUUUUUCAUGGGAGGGACAUGAUGACCCUUUAGCAGAUUUCUUACUUCUCCAAACUUUACUGAGCUUUUAGGAUUCUAGAAUUUCCAUUGACCUUGCUUUUUCUCUUUGACAAAACACUAGUAGUCUAGAGAUCUUCAAAGGGGUUUGUUUCCUUUAUGGUCAGCCAGGAGGAGGACUCCACAAAACUCUACCCUCCACUGUGUGAACGUCACUCUGAGAAGCCUGUUACAAACCACAAUGUGUUGAUGCCAAAACUCCUUUCUUCUUUUAAACAUCACCUUUGGACUCUUCCCACCAUGGCGAAGAGGGCUAUGUAGGAUACUCCUUCUUUAAUUGAUUAUUAACCCAAGCUCCCUGUGCGAACAGCCAGCUUUCAAAAGGCCCUGGGUCUCCAGCACUAUCCCAGAUGCCAUUCUUUCUAGUUGAUAUCUCUCUCCUUGGUCUUGAUCCAGAAAUCCUAAGGUUUCCCAAUUAUAUAGAGUGUCCUGAAGGGAUUCCAGCUCAAAAGUAGGACUUUUUAAACCUAGCAAAUACUAGGAAAAUAAUUUCAUGACUGGGCAUGUUAUAGCAUGCUUAAAAGGAGAAGUAAAUAUUCCAAUAAUGCAGGAACACCAAACUACAUUUUUUUAAAAAGAAGAAAAGAGAGGAUAUUUUCAUUUCUAAAUUGUUCUAUAUUUUAAUUUAAUUUUCCUGUUAGCAUUUUAUUUACAAAAAAAAAAAAAAAAAAAAAAAAAAAAGAAGAAGCAGCAAUCGAGGGAACAUUUUCCAAGGCAAGCAAGUCUAUAAUGACUAAAUUGGUUUUAGACAAUUGGUUAACUUGGAUCUUUUCCAUACAUUCUUUGUGAUGUUUAGUAGUUUGUACAACUGGAAUGUUUGUGGAGUUUGAGUUGAUCUUAUGGUGCUUCAUUCAGUGGAUAUUUUGCUAGAAGUUGUAAUGUGGAUUUGGAUGGUUAGCUGACUACUGAGGACCACUCAUUGUGAUUUCUAAGAGGACAACCAAGAAUGUGUGUGAUCUGUUUUAAAAAUAAGUUUCAGAAAUUAGGCAGUACUCCCUCCCCAUCCACUGCCUGCUGGUUUUGCUGUUGAAAGGGUCAGUAAUGACUUCCUGUUUCCUUACCACCAAUAGAGGGAGCAUUAAGUAACUACAUCACAGAACCCUUUUGAUAUUUUCAAAAAUGUGUUGUUUAACUCAUUAGGGAAAAAAGACUGACAUUGAGAUAAUUAUUUUUUUUUAAUUUGGUGGGGGGAAAAGGCAUGAAAUGACUCAUCAUAUAAAACAAAUGAAAGACGGUCAAAACCUAGUUUUAGUUACAUUCACUGUUGUCGGGGGUAUACUUAAAAUAAUGCCUCUUUUCAAACCUUAGCAAAGUAGCAGAAUUCAUACUGUUUCUGGGAAAACUUAUCUUGAGUGCCGUUGGGCUACACAUCCCCAUCUACUUCUUAAAUAUGAAAGGACCCUUGAUUUAACACGCAUUUGCCAUUGUCAGAAGCUAGGCAACUGGAUUAAAACUCCAACAUCUGUUGUAGAGUAUGUGAGGAAAACAGCAAGUGACUGGAAAGCCUGGUACACACCCUUUUCUUAGGAAAGGGAAUGCCUCCUUUAAAAAAGGGUGGGGAGGUCCCUCAAGAACAUUGGUAAGGCCCUACUUUCUAGCUCAUUCUGUUGUAUUUAUUUUUCUACCAAACAUCUCACAGCCUAAAACAUUUGACAUUGUUCUCUAGAACUAGGAGGUAUCAGAGCCCCCAAGCAAAGAUGCUUCUUCAGGGCUAGUAUCAUUGUCUAGCCUUUAAAGGGCUGCUUUCUGACUGACCCACAGUUUUGAAGAUGAACCACACCUAUCCCAAAAGAUACAGGUGCUUGAUUGUCCAUGCACAAUUGCUAUCUCACAAUCACAAAGAAGAGCGGGGUGAGGAAGAGUCUUCUCAUUUUUUGAUUUCCAAUUCUACAGUUUUUAUGGUGGAUGCUACCACCAGUGCUUUUAAAACUAGAAAAGAAAAAAUGUCUUUUUAGUGUUCAGAAACACACACACACACAAACACAGAGAGGUAGAAGCAGGCAGAUCUUAAGAGAGGCUCAAAGGACAAGAGCUGGCAUGCAAAAGAACACUAGUAUAAUUUUUAAACAAUCUAUGUUUUUUAAAUGGAAUUUGUUGAAUACAAAAACAGGAAAAAAAAGUCUGAGGAAUGUUUGUCUCAAGACAUUUAUAUAGAAAUUAUGAAAAUUAAAUUCCCUAGCACUAAAACAUUGAUAGUAUCUCAGCAUAUGGGUACUUUUCCCUGUAUUAAGUACCAAAAAUUGUACAAAAAGAGCCCCUGCCUGUAAAAUAUACCCCCAAAAGACAAUAAUUAUAGCUAAUAAAGGUUCAGUUCUACAAUUAAAAACAAAACUGAGAAACAAGCCCCACAUAAUCUGAAAUGAAAAUCAAAGUUUUUUCAUUGUUGUAGACACACACUCCUCCCGGGCACGUGGCACAUUCUCCGGUCACAGUUCUGUUUGCUCAUGCCUCGGGUGUACUGUCGCUGCCUCCCAUAUCUAGGCGGUCAUAGUGGUUCUUAGCCUUAGAAAGACUUGGAUUUGCCUCUUUCUCUACGAGUCAGAGAGCUUUAUUUUAUAUCUGGAUGUCAUGUAAGACCAAGAAAACCCUUUACAACCCAUGAACAGGGAGAGUCCAUGUCUGAGACUAAAGAGCAAGAAAAGGUUUCCUCUGGGUGUGCUUGUUUGCCUGUCAGUCUUCCUGUUGUGACCUACAUGUGACCACAUGUGACCAGUGUGGUCCUGCUCAUGCCCCAGAAAGCAGUGUUUUCUUUCCCCAAGAAAAUACAGCGAAGUUCCUUGUUGCUUUUCUAUUGUAAUCCUCUAAGAUAACUCCCAACACUGCCCUGAGGACAUCAACCUGGCCGGGAUGCAUAGCAGAUAUGCCCAUUCUGAGCCUUCCCCUGAUGUUGCAGAAGUUAUUUGAUUAGUUAGGGCUGGCCAUAGGGAGUACAUGGUUCUACAGAAGAUCACAUCAGACUGGCUACGCUGUGACCAGUGUGCUGCAGCAAAGGGAACAAAAAGGUAUAGCCCAGGAGCAGACAGGAGAUGCCCUGUAGGAGAAAAGAACAGAGGGUGGGUGCCUUUUCUGCUGUGACUUGACUCUUAAAAGAAACCCUCCAAAAAGAAUUCUUUAACUUAGUAAUGAGUUGAAGUCCAGGGUAAUGGAAGCUCUGGGGAAGAGAAACAAAAGAAUUGCACAAUGUAUUCAGUACCCAACAAUACCAAACCAGAAAACAUCCAAUCACAAAGCUAGGAAGUUUGGCAAGAGGCACUUAGGGAAACCUCCAGCCUUCUCCAUGGGUAGGGUCCGCAGACUUUCUUUUGAGUGAUUUCUGGCUCAGAGAAACCUCUUUACUCACUAGAAAAGAACUUUAUUUAAAUAGCCAAUUUUGUCCCCCAGGGAAAAAAAGAAAAAAAAUUUAAAAAGACAGAAAAGAAAAAUAGGACACUAAAGACAGAACCAUGUGAGAUGGUGACAAACAAAAGAACGGGGACACAGGAAUUUCAAUAGACUCCCCAAUUGGAUAGAAAAGGAAAAAAACAAAAAAAACAAA